AUGAAUAGCCAGUUCCGCGGCGGGAACUCGGGCGGUCCGCGCAUGUCGGACACGGUUGGCGUCGGGUCCGAAGACUUUGACGACCGUCUGGGCAUGUUCCUACCGAAGAAGGUCCGGGCCCGCGCCGUGAGCUGUUUUGCCGACAUGCUGCGCAAACCGGGAUCCAUGCGGGCCCCAUCGCGGCCCUCCUCUUCCCGCCGAGGAGAAACCGAUUUCUUGCUCACGGGGGCUAGGGACGAGGCGAGUGAGGAGGAUAACUUGAGGCGGACCCAGGAGCCCAAGAUCUUCGAUGGUCUGGUCAUCUACGUCAACGGCAGCACCCACCCGCUCGUGUCCGACAUCAAGCUCAAGCGUCUGGUGUCCGAGCAUGGGGCGCGCAUGUCGCUCCACCUCGGUCGCCGCCAGGUUACCCACGUUAUCCUGGGAAAGCCGUCCGGCCCGAACGGAGGUGCCGGCGGUGGGUUGGCGGGCGGCAAGUUGGAGAGGGAGAUCCGGCGGGUUGGCGGUUGCGGCAUCAAGUUUGUCGGUGUCGAAUGGUGA